AGUCAAGAAAAUUUAGUGAGGUGUACCUUACUAAAUUUUUAAUUGAAUCGAUUAGUAAAAUCGAAUUAAAUGCUGAAAACUUCAGAGCAAGCAGCAGAAUAAACAGAAACAGAUAAUAAAAUAAAGGAAAUUAAGACAUUAGAAUUUGUAGGUUAUGUUUUGUUUAUUAUUAUUUUAAUAAACAAAAACUGAUUUACGGUCCAAUUUAUAAUAAAUUUACGAAUAAAAUCUAAUUUAAUAAACUAGAAGCAUGCUGGAUAAAAUUUUAUACAAUACUGUUCUGUGUCAAACAUUUUCACGAUGCGGAAAGUACUUAAUUGCCGGUAAUAUUUACGGACAAGUUGCUAUAUUUGACCUUGAUCGAAUAUUGAAUCCAGUAGUAGAGCUUCUUACUGACGAUUACAAUAAGCCAAAACAUAUUUAUACACUGGAGUCAGGACGACAGGUAUGCAGUUUAGUUAGCACGGAGAAGUUCCUCAUCAUUGGAUCAGUAAAUGAAAUAUCAGGAUGGGACUGGAAGGGGUUCCUUAACUUUAAAAUGAAUAAACCCUCCUGGGUGAUAAAAAUACCGGCACAUUCAAUUUUGGAACAGAUCGAUGUGAAUAGUCUGUGGUUAUCUGAAGAUGAAAGCAAAUUGUAUGCAGGUUGUGGAGACAAUAAGGUUUAUGUGUUCAAUUUAGAAGAUGGGAAAACUGUAUCCACUUAUAGUGGUCAUGAGGACUAUAUACAUUCUAUACAUGGAAAGAACAACCAGUUAAUAACAGCUGGUGAAGAUGGCUAUGUACUACUAUGGGAUUCGAGAACAGGCAAGAGUCAUAAUAGACUAGAACCACACAGUAAUAGCAAAGUAGCAAGACCUGAUAUUGGCAAGUGGGUAGGGUCUGCGGCAUUAGGUGAUGACUGGAUUGUUUGUGGAGGAGGACCACGACUCGCAUUAUGGCACCUUCGAUCUCUAGACGCCGUCACAGUAUUUGAUAUUCCCGACCAUGGAAUACACGUGUCGUUUUUCCACGACGACUGUGUUGUAGCGGGCGGUGCAGCAAAACAUCUGUAUCAGUUAAAUUAUUCCGGAGAAGUGAAAGUUGAGCUCCCUGUGUCAGCUACAACAGUUUAUUCAGCUAUGCUACGGACAAAUCCGAACCGUGUUCUGGCUAUUGCCGGAUCCAGUCCAGAAAUCGAUCUGUGCACUACAUUCAAUUAUAGGGACCAAGUUUUACAUUUUAGAUAAGGUAAAAAAAUAAGUUAAGAUAUUGAAAAUAAAAUAAAAGCACAUGUAACAACAGUUUAUUAUUUUUAACAACUUAAUUCAUAAUUUUUUAUUAUUUUAUUUGCAAUUAUAUUCACUAGCCGUUACCUGCGGCUAUGUGAAAAGUUAUAGCUAUUUUAAGGUUUGAAAUACUAUUUAUUUUUUUACAUAAAGGCGAUGUUAUGCAGUCUGUCUGCAACUUACUGUGGCAACAUUGGAGCAAAAUCAGAAGUCCUGUAGUUCCCACAUACAUAACAUAAUUUAUAAGUUGUUGAAAGUUUCUGUAAUAAUGUAAAAAUAUUGUAUAAUAAUGAAUUAUCAAGUAAAAUUCUAAGUUUCUUUUAUAAGAUUUGAGAUUUUUCUGGUCUACAUAGACCUUACAUAAUAACAACAUUACUACUCGUAUGUUUAAGUUGAAUCUACUUUUCUGAUACUUUGGUUUACUACUUUAUAUGUACGGACAAUCUCAUGCAUACUCAUACAAGCUUUACAAUACAACACUAAUGUGAAUACCGGUGAGGCUGUAAAGGCCAGCUGCGGCCAAUAUCAUUAGAGUAGUCCUAAAAAAACUCAUGUGAACUGGGGCUCUGUAUGUCAAGAAUAGACAUAUACACGUUCAAAAAGUAAAUUCAGUAAACACAGUAAUAUUUACACACGUUUACAAUAGUACGACGUUUCCUAAACGUAUAAUUUAAACAAAUAUUGUUGAAUGAAUGAACGACAAUGAAAAACAAACAAAUCUAUAAUUUUUAAAAAUAACUAAAGUCCGCGUGCUGUAACAUGGUGCGGUUGAUAUGACAUUAUAAUUUCUGUGUCAGCAUAGAAAUUAUAAAAUAACUUUAU